UAAACAACUAAUCGAGGUCUUAUAAAUAGAAAAAAUUGUAAUAGUCGUUAUUCCUAUAUCGUUAAAAACAAAUGUGCUAAUUUUCAGCCCUCGUGUUUAUCUUUAUAUGUAUAGAGGGAAGGGUUUGCAGGAGCGACGCACAGCAUCUUGAGCAGGGAGUAAUCUGCAGCAUCACCUGAUCUGCAGCAUCAGUUCGCAUAUUUUUGAGUUAGUCGUUCGUUUACAAAGAAAAUCCCCCCUGACAGUGUUUCUGAUGUGUGGCUCCCAGUUUCGCUCGGGAUUUUAAGGAAGCUUUGUGCCCACAUGGGCAGUGUUCUGGCCUUGUCUUCCAAUCCGGGCCAUCAGAACUGGCCUUUCUCCAAGGAUCCUCUUCCUUCUCGCUGGGACGCACAUCCUGCCCACUGGGACAGUCCACCACGCUGGGAGAGGAAAGAUGGGCGCCUACCCAACCCUGGCAGUUUUCACUCCCUCCACAGGAGCUGCAAAGAUGUUUUUCCACAUCAGAUUGAGGGUGUCAAGAUGAUUAUCAAUAAAACUUUAAGUAGCUUUUUUAAGGUCAGUCAUACUCUUCACCUCAGUGCUGUAAGUCCUUCCUACUAUCGGUUCCACGUGGAGCAUCUGCAGUCUGAUGACUACAGCAAGGACAAGGAUGCCCCAGCAUUGAUCGGUGAGAUGGACUCUUCAGGUAGUCUGAACGCUCACGCUCUCCUUCAUCUCACCGAGCGUGUUCGAGCCAGAACGGUAUUCCAGAGCCAGCAGUCUCAGUUUGUAACGUGGCAGUUUGAAACCGAGUACAGAGGGAGCGACUUCACUGCUGCUGUGACAGUGGCCAACCCAGACAUCCUCAGAGAGUCAGUCAUCCUGGUGGCACACUUCCUGCAGAGUGUGUCAUCUGGCCUGGUGUUGGGAGGGGAACUGGUGUACCACCGAGGACGAGCAGAGGAAGGAGGAAUUCUGACUCUGGCUGGACAGUACUCAAGACCAAACUGGGUUGCAACCUUUAAUGCUGGCAAAGGGGGCGCCCAUGCUAGCUACUAUCACAGAGCUAACAAACAGAUCCAAGUUGGCGUGGAGUUUGAAGCCAGCACCAGGACGCAGGAGACCACGACCUCUUUUGGGUACCAGAUGGAGCUCCCAGAGGCCAACAUGGUUUUUCGAGGUAGUCUAAGGUAUGAUCAACAGCCGGUGCAUCAUUGGAGGUGUGUUGGAGAAGCGUCUGACCCCACUUCCUGCCACCCUGAUUAUGGGAGCCUUUGUGAAUCACAGAGGUGACAAGCUGCAGGUCGGUCUGGGCGUCAACGUGGGAUGACCCUCCACCAUACUCAAGCUGGAUAUGUGAAGGGACUGUCAGGAUAUCAAUCUAGAAACCUAUGUUUGAGCUUUUUUUAAAUGCACUGACCUAAAGGGUGCAUCACCUGCACCAACUGUUCCUGAUUAACUCCAUGUAUCUCACCUUGCGACCUACCUCUCAAUAACAAGGUGAUGUUUUCUGAUAAUGGUGAAAGCUCUGUUCCAGAGGAAUGGAUGCUACUCAUAAAAGGUGAAAGGGAAAUUGUACUGUAUACUUAGAAUAUCAAUUUUAUACUGCAGGUAGUCAUGAAGAAAUGUAUAAAUAUAUAAAAUAACAAAACUUUACUUCCUGUUUUAAUGAAUUAACUUGAAUUUAUGUAUUAUUGAUCAUUCUGCAAGCUGUUUCUAAAGGAAAAUACAAAAAAUAUGGUGUUUUAUUAUUUUUUAGGAAAUUUCUGGUCAAGAAUUCAGCUGCAAACAACAGAAUCAAAUGAAAAUGUAACAUUUUUGUCUGAUCUGUCUUUCAGGCUUUAUGGACCCUCUGGUUUAUAAUCUAUUCAAUUUAUUUCAGGUUUGCAAGGAUUUCCUGGCAUUAAGAGGAACUAACUGGUUAGAUGUUUGAAAGUUAUUUGCCUGAAGCUAAUUAAAAUUCUCAAAUGCAAUAGAGACAGUAA